CUCAAGAUUAAGCCACAGAAAAAAAAUCUGUCAACAUGAAGCACAUCAUCUCCCUCGUGGCCCUCGUAGCCUCUGUUACGGCACAUUCAACCUUUCAGGAAUUAUGGGUCGACGGAGUUGACCAAGAAGGAACGUGUAUCCGCACGCCUCCAAGUAACAGCCCCGUUACGAGUGUUACCUCCAGCGACAUCACUUGUAAUGUUGGCGGUACGACAGGUGUUUCUGGUCUCUGUAGCGUUGCUGCUGGCCAGACCGUUACAGUAGAGAUGCAUGCUCAGCCUGGAGACCGAUCAUGCUCCACAGAGGCCAUCGGCGGAAACCACUUUGGCCCCGUUAUCGUCUACAUGGGCAAGGUCACCGAUGCAACAACGGCUGAUGGCUCGGGUGCAAUCUGGUUCAAAGUCGACCAAGAAGGCUACGACGUCCCGACCAAGACAUGGGGAACCAUGACACUCAACGACAAUUGCGGCAAGCGCACCUUCACAGUCCCAUCAAGCCUUGCCCCUGGUAAUUAUCUCUUGAGGGCUGAGGUCAUUGCUCUGCACGCCGCUGGUUCAUCAGGUGGCGCCCAGUUUUAUAUGUCCUGUUACCAGCUGGCGGUGACUGGCAGCGGGACAGCAAACCCGAGCGGAGUCAGCUUUCCUGGGGCAUAUAGCGCAAGUGACCCAGGAAUCUUGAUUGACAUCUACCAGGAUAUUACUAGCUACACUAUCCCAGGGCCAACUGAUGUUUUCACGGGAUAGGGCGACAGAUAGAUAGUUACAGGUGCAUUAGAAGGGAUGGUGGGUUUAAAGAUGUAGAUAUAUAUUAUAAAUAUCUUACUCCUACGAGG